GGGCAAAAAAGAAAAAGAAAAAAAAAACAGAACCUGAGCCCUCUUGGGAUUCCUCAUAGAUUUGCCAAGCUCCGUGUGCUUUCUCUUCUGUUGCCGCUUCAGUUCUUCUCCCCCCAAAAAGCUCAGUGAACUGUUCUUGUUCGCUUGGCUGUAACACACUCGGAGCCUUUAGUCUCAAAGUUCUCUUUCCCCCCUCUUUUCUUCUUACAAGGCCGCAAAAAAGGUCCUCUUUUUUUUUUUUUUUUGGUUCUUUUGCCAUCUUUUUCUUUUUGUGAAAGGGUUUGCUGAGAAAGAUCAAUACAUGCACACUUUCCUUUGUUAAGCUCCUGUCCGUGGCCAGCAGACUACACUCUGGAGUUUGUUAAGCCAGAUGUUGUCCGACAAGUACAAGAAAGUUAUAUUCUCGCUUCUGUUCUUGUUCUCAAGUGCGUCAGGUGCUUAUGUUGGGAUUUAUAUCGGCACUCAGAUGUCCACUUUACCAUCAGCCACUGAAAUAGUGUCCAUUCUGAAAACUCAGCAGAUUAAACAUGUGCGAUUGUUUGAUGCUGACCACCAAAUGCUGAAUGCCCUAGCAAAUACUGGAAUAGAGGUUAUAGUUGGUGUCCCCAACGAUCAGUUGCUACGAAUAGGAGAAUCACGAUCAGAUGCUGCUGACUGGCUGAAUAAAAAUGUCGCCACAUAUGUUCCUGCAACUAACAUUACUUAUAUUGCCGUAGGCAAUGAAGUUUUAACAACCAUCCCAAAUGCUGCUCUUGUUCUUGUUCCAGCUAUGCAGUACCUCCAGUCUGCUCUUCUCGCUGCGAAUCUCAACUUUCAGGUUAAAGUUUCAAGUCCACUAUCAAUGGACAUGAUUCCCAAACAUUUUCCUCCAUCAACAGCAUCCUUCAACUCAUCAUGGAACUCCAUAAUGUCUCAGUAUAUUCAGUUUUUGAAGAACACAGGAUCUCCUUUGAUGCUAAAUGUGCAGCCAUAUUAUGGUUACACCGAGGGACAAGGUAUCUUUCCACUAGAGUACGCCCUUUUUGAGCCACUAAAUCCAAAUAAUCAGAUUGUCGAUCCUAAUACAAAUUUCCAGUACACAAGCAUGUUCGAUGCGAUGGUCGAUGCUGCUUAUUACUCAAUGCAGUCACUCAACUUCUCUGGCAUUCCAGUGAUGGUGACAGCAUCUGGUUGGCCAUCACUAGGUGGAUCGAAUGAACCAGAUGCUAACAUCGAUAAUGCAUUGGCCUACAACACCAAUCUUAUUCGCCAUGUUCGAAAUGGUUCUGGCACACCUAGCCAACCAACUACACCAGUUAGUACAUACGUCUAUGAGUUGUUCAAUGAGGAUCUACAACCAGGGCCUGUUUCUGAAAAGAAUUGGGGGAUAUUUUCUUCUAACGGAACUGCAUUUUACUCUUUGACCUUUAGCGGUUUGGUCGAGUCACCUGCUAAUUCAUCUACCCUGCCUGGUGUUUUUUGUGUCGCAAACUCUAGUGCAGAUACCACAGCACUUAAGAGAGGAUUAGAUUGGGCUUGCGGAACUGGUUCAGCAAACUGCAGUGCUAUCCAACCUGGGCAACCAUGCUAUCAGGCAGGCAAUCUCGUAGCACUUGCCUCAUAUGCAUUCAAUGAUUACUACCAUCGAGCUCAAGCAAGUGGUGGUACCUGCAGCUUUGGUAACACGGCCAUGGUUACCAGAACAGAUCCAAGUAAGCUUCAUCUGGCCAUGGUUCAUGCAUCUUUGCCGGAAGCACGGGGGCAAGCAACACCACUGAGGGAGGAACAGGUGCCUUUGGACCAGUUGGCCCUUCUAGUCGAGCAUCAAGAGUGCAGAUUUUCUCUGCUUUUCUAGCAACUUUUGCACUACCAUUUCUAGUUUGACAUGUAAAGCAACUGUGAAUGAUCAGUUCAAUUUUGUGCAAAUCCUCUAAAGAUUGUUGUCAUCUCCACAAGCAGUAGACGAUUGAGUUGCCGAGUCCAUCGCUCAUCCUUAAUUUGUAUUUCGAUCAUCAGUAUCGACUUAUGUUGC